AUGCUCACCUUGACACCANNAAAGACCUUCAAAGGCAGAUGUGUCAGCGAAGGCCACGCUUCCGGACUUUUACUAUACAGCCAAGUGCCACUCAGUUUCUGGGGCGGUGUCGAUCCCACUUCCGGCAUUGUUAUCGAUCAAAAUCAUCCCCUGGCUGGCAGCUCUCUAGCCGGCAAAAUACUCGCAAUACCCAGUGGUCGAGGAUCUUGCUCUGCAAGUGGUGUUCUCUUGGAACUUCUACUCAAUGGCAAUGCUCCAGCUGGCUUUGUAUUCGAACGCGAGGAACUCAUCUUGACUUUGGGAACCAUCAUUGCUGCGGAGUUCUUCGACAAGUCGGUUCCCAUUGUUCAGGUUGGAGCGGAUGAGUUUGUGGAGCUUGCGGGACAUGCUCUUGUGCAGAUUACCAAUGGCACACUGGAAGUCAAUCCAGCGACUAUAUCGAAUGUCGUGUCGAUCGACGAGAAAGCACCUUUAUCAGCCAUCAACUUUACAGAUCUUGAUCUUGCUAUGCUGAGAGGAGAACACGGUAAAGCCGUGCAAGUCGCCGCCAGAGUCGUGUCCAGAGUGGCAAACAUUCAAGGCGCAACAGAACUCAUAGAUAUCACGCAAGCCCAUAUCGACGGUUGCAUAUACACAGGACCCGCAACACUACUCUUCGCCCAACGGCUCUGUGACUGGGGUGCCAAAGUACGGAUACCAGCAACUUUGAACUCCAUCUCUAUCGAUCGACAAAGAUGGCGAGAUCAAGGUAUCGAUGCAGCAUUGGGAGAUCCCUCAGGGCUAUUGGCAGAUGCUUAUGUUGCACUGGGAGCAAAGCCGACAUACACUUGUGCUCCAUAUCUCUUGGACACGGCACCGAAAGAAGGAGAGCAAAUCAUGUGGGCAGAGUCGAAUGCAGUUGUCUACGCCAAUAGUGUUUUGGGUGCUAGAUCUAUCAAAUGUCCUGACUUUUUGGAUAUCUGUGUUGCAUUGACUGGAAGGGCUCCAAAUUCUGGUGCUCACAUCACUUCGCAUCGAAAACCACAAGUGAUCAUCGAUGUAGCGUCAGGUAUCGAUGGAGACGACUCGCUAUUUCCAGUACUUGGCUAUCUAGUGGGCGAGAUUGCUGCAAACCGUAUUCCCCUUGUCACCGGUCUCGAACAUAUGGUAGUCUGCAGGGACAACCUCAAGGCUUUUGGUGCAGCAUUCGCAACAACUUCGAGUGCGCCAAUGUUUCACAUCGCAGGCAUAACCCCCGAAACAAUCAGCCCAGCUCUCGAGCAGUGGAAGGUUACCACACCUAUCGUCAAGACAAACAAGCUUGAUCUUGCAAACGUAUGGUCAAGACUGGACAAAGCGACAGAAACGAAAAUUGACCUGAUCUCUCUCGGUAACCCUCAUUUCUCAUACGAAGAGCUAGCCAUGCUCUGUCGACACUGUGAGGGAAGGACUAGAUGUCCUGAUGUCGCGGUGAUCGUCACCUGCGGUCGUGACACUUACGCACGAGCUUGCAAAGAUGGAAUCAUGUCCAAGCUUGAGGAGUUUGGUGUACAGCCAGUGACGGAUACGUGUUGGUGUAUGAUUGGAGAGCCACUUAUCCAUCCUUCUGUACGCACAAUCAUGACCAACUCGGCCAAGUUCGCGCACUAUGGAGGUGGGUUGACAAAGAGAGAUAUGCGCUUUGCGAGUCUCGCAGGCUGUGUUGAAGCGGCUUGUGCUGGUGAGAGCAUCGAGGCCUUGCCCGUAUGGCUGUCUUGA